AUGGCGAUCCAGCCGCCGCCACCGACGGCGAUGAAGAUUGCCAAGCUGAGAGUGUCCGACGAAAAGGCCUUCGUUCCCGAGAUGGACGAGGCUGUCGACAGCGGGUGGCACGCCCCGGUCGGCAUCAUCCUCUGGAUAUUCCUCUCUAACCUCACCAUCAUCCUCAACAAGUGGAUAAUAGACACCGCUGGCUUCCGAUACCCCAUUAUUCUCACCUGCUGGCACUUUUUCUCCACGAGCAUCGCUGUACAGGUCCUGGCCCGCACCACCUCCCUCCUCGAUUCUCGCCACAGUCUCGGCAUGACGCCUCUUGUCUAUGUCCGCACCCUCCUACCCAUCGGCGUUUGCUACUCGGCCUCGCUCGUGUGCUCCAACAUCGUCUACAUCUACCUCUCCGUCGCCUUCAUACAGAUGCUCAAUGCCGCCAACCCGGCUGCCGUCCUGCUCGUCUCCUGGGCCUGGCGCGUCAUCGACCCGAGCCUCUCCGCCUUUGUCAACAUGCUGGUCAUCGUCGCCGGCGCCGCCCUCGCCUCCCUCGGCGAGGUGCAGUUCUCCAUCGUUGGCCUCCUCUUCCAGACCGCCGGCAUCAUCCUCGGCGCCCUCCGCCUCGUCCUCACACAGGUGCUCGUGAGCCAGAAAGGCAUGAAGAUGGACCCCAUCGUGGCCAUCUACUACUUUGGCCCCGCCUGCGCCGCCAUGACCAUGCUCGUCGCCUUUGUCGUUGAAGUCCCGCGCUUCGAGAUCGACCGCCUCACCAGCUCCGCUGUCGGCCUGCUCCUCUUGAGCGCCGUCGUUGCCUUUGCCCUGAACGUCACUACCGUUCAACUGAUUGGUAAGACGUCCGGACUCGUCAUGGCCCUCACCGGCAUCUUCAAAAACAUCCUCCUCAUCGUCGUCUCCGUCUUCAUAUGGCACACGCAUAUCACGGCCGUCCAGGCCGCCGGCUACACCCUCGCCCUCGUGGGCCUUACCUACUACUGGAUUGGGGACGAACAGUUGGCCAAGCUGUACCGGACGACGUCAACCUGGCUUGUCGCGGGCUCGGGCGCUACAUCAAUAGGACGGCGUGGAAACACCACCCUUGUGGUGCUUGGAGGCACCGCCCUGUGCAUAUUCCUCCUCUCACUGCUGUUUUCAGCUUUCCACCACGAUGGCGCCGCGAAUCAUGUCAACGUUACCUGA